CAUUCACAUUAUAGUUUGGCUUAAGUUUCGAUUUUCUUCCUAUCUCAUGACUAUUUAGAUUCUAGAUAGAUAUCUAGAUCUAUAAUUCAACUUAAACACAAGUUCUCUUACAUUUAGCUUUACAAAACACAAAUCUGAGAUGGAUACUUCUGUAGAUGCUAUAGAUCAAGAUCUUGAUACAGAAUUAAAACUUUUGCAAGAUACGAUUUAUGAUCUCAUCAGCAAAAUUAAAGAUCCAGAAAAGCCAGAAUCUCUAGAAGAGCUAAAUGUUAUCUCUGAAUCAGGAGUUAAAUUGAGUCGCUUACGUAGUGGUCAGAUCUUAGCACAAAUUGAAUUUGUUCCAACUGUUCCACACUGUAACUUAGCUUCUAUAAUAGGGUUGUCUAUUAGAUCCAAACUCGACAAAUAUCUUCCAGAAAAAUUAAAGGUGGAUAUUUUUAUUAAAGAAGGAACUCAUGAUACUGCAACAGAGAUCAACAAGCAAAUUAAUGAUAAAGAAAGAAUAUCAGCUGCAAUGGAGAAUCCAAAUCUCCAAAAACUAGUUCACGACUGUGUAGAAAAUGAAGAAACAUAAGUUUUAUAUUUAUAGAAGUUUAAUGUUCUUAUUUUCAUUAUCAUCCUCAGCAGGUUUUGAUUCUAUGUCUGUAAAUAGACAAAAGGUAAUUUAUGUAGAUAAUAUUUCAUUUACUGAAUCCACUUUAUUUAUUUGGCAUUAGCAGUGGUUUUUAAUUCUAUGUUGUUCAUUUACCAGUUAUAGUCCACUGAUUUGUCCCUGUUUGUUGAAAAGUAGAGAAUGUAAAUGAAUAGAGCUAAACAGUGCUUGAAUAUGUUUCAAGAGUUACCACAGCUUUAACAUUAUACAAUCUAUUUGUUGUUUUAUAGUACUAGUAGUAUCUUCACAUAUUUGUUAUCCCAAAUUUAAGUCACGUCUUAAUCAGAAUUGUUUUAUGCCAUGUUUUAUUCAAUUGUUCAAAAGAUUUUAUGCAGUAUUUGCACAAACUUUUGUUGUUUUCUAAGAAUUUUUUAAUUAGACAAUUAAUUUUGUUUACUUACAGUAAGAUUAAAGUUUAUACCAUCCCAUGUUCUUUAUUUAUAUAAUUAUAAUUCUUAUAUAUUUUCUUUUUACUAUUAAAUUAGGAACAAUAAUACUUUUUUUUAACAAAAUAAUUAAUUUCCAAAAUGGCCUUAAAAGUUUGAGCAUUUAGUUUCAGACAGAAAUGUAAGCUUGAAACUGUCUUGCUAGAAGAAUCCAAUGAAUGAAAUGCUACUUCAGAUUUUAUUUCUUGCUGAACUAUUUAUUUGAUAUUUACUGCUGGUCUUGACAAUGUUUUAAAUGUAAAGAAAAAGUAUUUGAAUAACAUGUAUAAUUUAAUUACCAUACAUAUUAAAAUCUCACUAUUUAUUGACA